UGGCAGUCCGCCUCAAACUUCCUCUAGUGUACAGGAGAAUUCAUCCCGCCUUUCAUGUAUCUAAAAUAAAGCCUGUAUUUCAUUCUCCUAUUAAUCCGCCUAAAUUUAAUCCGCUUUACAGUUUACUUGGUCUUACAAUUCUGGUUCACUUAGAUCUAGAAUUUUUGGUUAAUAUCGGACUCUUUAUCCAAUUUUGUCAAUAAAGUUGAAAUCUUGCCUUCUCCUUUGUCUGACCAUAAAUCUAUCAUUCUAUCUUUCGAUAGCCCUUCUAAUUACUCAAGAAUGUAUAAUUCAUAUUUGAAACUUAACUCUACUUUAUUGAGUUUUUUUUUUACUAAUAUGUCGGCUGAAAUUGGUUCUCGUCGGCUUUGUAAUGGCCGAUUUGACAUGUUGAAUCGGCGUCGGAGCUUGUCAGCCAGUCGGGCCAUCUGAUCAUUCUGAUUGGCUGUUCAACCAGCGAACCAGCACGCUAGGAAAGAAAAACCGGAAGUGACGGAGCAUAUAUACAAUGAAGUCAACGGGGACAUAGUUGCCUCUCUCAUUUGUUUGCAUUUCUUGUGAUUAUCAUUCGUGAUUAUUUAAAGAUAUGGCUGUCUGGAACGAGGCAAGUGAAGAUGCUUUGAUCAGCAUGAUCCAGGAAAGGCCGGCCUUGUAUGACAUCACGGAAAAAUCUUAUUCCAACCGAUUGGUGAAAGCUGAAAUGUGGUGUGAGAUCGAAAAUAAACUUGUCAUAUCAGAGCUCAAGAAGCGGUGGGAUUCAUUGCGAACCCAGUACAUGCGAUAUAAGAAACAAGGACCCUCAGGAAGUUCUGGAUCUCAGAAGACUGGCAGGCAGCAAUGGAUCCUGAACCGCCUGCAGUUUCUACAGCCUCACACAAAAAGGAAUGAGAGCACUUCAAAUUUACCUAUCAGGGAAUCUUCGGCUGAUAGUGAUUCCUGUUCACCCUCAGAUGGUACCAACAGUGACACAUGGACUGGCACCCAUGAAGAGCCCAGCUUCAUUGAGGCGGAGCUACGGCCCAGUACACCCUUGCCUGAAUCCACGAUCUGUGGAACGGAGUCUACAGCUGAGUCCACAGCCAUUAGACAGAAACCAAAUACUCCAAAGCCUCCGGGGAAGCGCAGGAAGAUGCAGGAUGAGUCCUCCAGUGAGGAGUCCACAUACUUGAUGCGAACCAUCGGCAAAACUCUGGAAAAGUUCUCAGCUUUCUGCAAAAAUCUAGAACACAGAAUGCGGAGUUUGCCACCACAUGUACUGCCACAUUUCCAGCAUGAGGUUGAUGAUUGCAUUUUCAAAUAUUCAGUGGGCCACAACCAUUCACUGGAUGCAUCUGUCAAUCAGUAUACACACCUGUAAUGUGUUGCAUUGCAAAAGUGUAAUCAUGUUUGCAGUAUAUUGUAGGUUGUACAUGUACAUUUAUAAUUUAUAUUAUAGUUGUAUUAUAGGGCUUGUACAAUUCUAUUUAGAAUUUAAAGUCUCUUCUAUUUUUUAUUAUUUACCUUCUAGCAAAUUGUUGGGCCAUUGUUCUGAACAUUUCAAAAUAAAACACUGACUUUUAGUAAAAA